GCCGCUCCCGCGUUGCCAGCUGCUUCUCUACCUUUCCGUGUCUCUCCCACAGCGCCGGCCUCCACUUACUCCUUCUUUAUCUUCUGCCUGCCGCAGUGCCGUGGGAGUCGUCUGUCGUCAUCGUCUAUUCUUUCAGUUAAACUCUUGUGUGAGCUUCUUAUCCUUGCUUGCUUCAUCACUUCUCCUCCUCAUCUGAUCUCUCCGGUGACCUCUCUUCUUCAGACCACCGCACAAAUUUCAUCGAAGAAUGGGAAGCAUAGAAAACAAGUCGAUUUCUGAUAUGAGGGAGAAUAUUUUGUGCAUAUUUAAAGAUUUCAUGACUGGGAUUACAAAAAUUGAUGAGCUGGGGACUGCUGGAAGCAGGCUGCUGAUUGGCUUUCAACAAGCACUUGAGUACCUUCGUAGACCUCCUAUAGAAGGAACUUCUGAAUUAAUUGACAACAUAAUUAAAGCUAAUGAAACACAGAGAGUUAAAAUGUAUAUUGAAGCUGGAUGUAGGAAUUCCCUUCAUGGUGUCCAGAAUGUAAACAAGACUGACAAUAACAACUUUCAUUAUGGCAAAUAUGUGCAUAUGGAAGUGAACUCAUGCAAGCUUGGGCUUCUUGACCACAAUAGCAAAGCCAAAGUAAUUGUUGAAGAACUUGAAGGCCUUUUGGAUGAUGUUACAAAUUCCUUGCAAAGGACAGAUGGAAAUUUAUUGCUCAUUUCAGAGAAGGAUUCUGAUGACCAUCCAAUCCAUAAGGAUACGGAGGGACUGGCCUUGUCUGAUUCUCAAAAUUUUGAUGUCACACAAUUAGCUGCACUCAUGAGCAUCAUAUACAGUAUGGUCAAGCAAGACUAUCUGAUGCAGGAAAAGAUUGUUUCAGCUUUAAAUCUCAAGUCGUCAUCAGGAGAACUCGAAAGUUACUGCCUAUUGUGGUCAUUGCGGCCCUUUAUAAAUGAUGACAUCAUCCAUCAAGCUUGGAGACUUAUUCCCUGACCCUCGUGUUUCUAAUUGCGGUCUUGUUUGCCAUCAGUGAUGUUGUCUAUUAGAUAAAAUUCUUUUGAAGAUGGAUCUACUAGUUUUUAAAUUAUUUGAUUGACUAAGGGUGGCAGAGGAGAGAGUUGAAGGCCUCAUGUAAGAUCGGAACUUCAAAUUUCAUUGGUGGGAAAGCGCAAGCUUGAUAUAACAGAUCACAUAUAUCAAGUGAGGUGUGUCUGCUCAUCCUAAAAUGUAGACGGAUUUUGUAAGCUUAAGAAUAACAUGGAUAGCUUAGGUAACACGUCAGGCGCAAGUUUCAUAUCAGAACUUGAGAAUAAUGCCAUUCUUGCAAGCUUCUCCUUC